GUCACGCUGUAGACCUGGUUUAGCUCAGUUUCCAGCGGUUCGCUUCUAUUGGCCGAGCUUGAGCCAGGACCUGGGCCUGGAGUGAUUCCCUCUUGCCCAGGACCAGUGUCCACUACCCGGCUCUGUCCCAAGCGAUCACUAUUCACGUGCAUACUGUUAGGUGAGACUGGGCAGUGCAAUCACCUGCCGGCAGAGGGCGUGUUGCGUCAGAGCGGAUCAAAAUUGACCACGGUGUAUCCAUGGGCACAGCACUUGUGUACCACGAGGACAUGACAGCCACACGACUGCUCUGGGAUGACCCCGAGUGCGAAAUCGAGUGCCCAGAGCGCCUGACAGCUGCCCUGGAUGGCCUGCGGCAAUGUGGCCUAGAAGAAAGGUGCCUGUGUUUGACAGCUUGUGAGGCAUCAGAGGAAGAGUUGGGCCUGGUGCACAGUCCGGAAUAUAUAGCCCUGGUGCAGAAGACCCAGACCCUGGACAAAGAGGAGCUCCACGCACUGUCUAAGCAGUAUGAUGCUGUCUACUUCCACCCGGACACUUUUCAUUGUGCCCGGCUGGCAGCUGGGGCUGCACUGAAGCUGGUCGAUGCUGUGCUAACGGGAGCUGUGCACAAUGGGGUUGCCCUGGUUAGGCCACCAGGGCAUCAUAGUCAGAGGGCAGCUGCCAAUGGAUUCUGUGUGUUCAACAAUGUGGCUAUAGCAGCCAAACAUGCCAAGCAGAAAUAUGGGCUGCAGAGGAUUCUCAUUGUUGACUGGGAUGUCCACCAUGGCCAGGGCAUCCAAUAUAUCUUCAACGAUGACCCCAGCGUCCUUUAUUUCUCCUGGCACCGUUAUGAGCAUGGACGCUUCUGGCCAUUCCUCCCAGAGUCUGAUGCAGAUGCAGUUGGCCAAGGGCAGGGCCAAGGUUUUACUGUCAAUUUGCCCUGGAACCAGAUUGGGAUGGGAAAUGCUGACUAUUUGGCUGCCUUCCUGCAUGUGCUGCUCCCGUUGGCCUUCGAGUUUGACCCUGAGCUGGUGCUGGUGUCAGCAGGAUUUGACUCUGCUAUCGGGGACCCUGAGGGGCAGAUGCAGGCCACACCUGAGUGCUUUGCCCAUCUCACACAGCUGCUGCAGGUGCUGGCUGGUGGCCGGAUUUGUGCUGUGUUGGAGGGUGGAUACCACUUGGAGUCCCUAUCACAGUCAGUGUGCAUGAUGGUGCAGACACUGCUUGGUGACCCCACACCUCCCCUUCUGGGGCUCAUGGUGCCAUGUCAGAGUGCCCUGGAGUCCAUCCAGAGUGUCCGGACAGCCCAGACCCCUCACUGGAUAAGCUUACGACAAAAUGUGGCCCCAGUUCUGAGUUCCAGCACCCACUCUCCUGAAGGGAGGUCUCUGCCUCUGCUUGGUGAGAGUCGCACGUGUGCAAUAGCAGAGGAUUCACUGAGCCCCCUCCUGGACAGACCGUGCCUCCGUCCUAACCCCCCAGUCUGCACAGCUGUUGCCUUGACUGUGCCAGGUGCUGCUCUGGCCUUACCUCCUGGAGUGCUCCAUCAAGAAGGGUCAGUCUUGAGGGAGGAGACCAAAGCCUGGGCCAGGCUUCACAAGUCCCGGUUCCAGGAUGAGGAUUUUGCUGCGCUUGGGAAGAGUCUGUGUCUCUUAGAUGGAAUCCUGGAUGGGCAGGUAAGAAAUGCCAUAGCAACCACAACUGCCCUUGCCACAGUGGCAACUUUGGAUGUGCUUAUUCAGCGAUGCCUAGCCUACAAAGGUCAGAGGGUGCUCUGUGUGGCCCUGGGACAACUGGAUCGACCCCUGGACCUUGCAGACGAUGGCCCUGGGAAGGGUGAGCAGCGUCUCAUGUAUAUGUGUACAUGUCCAUGGUGCUUUCUCCUGAGAAGGAGAAUUCUGUGGCUCAACAUCCGGGGCAAGGAGGCAGCCACCUGGUCCAUGUUCCACUUCUCCGCUCCACUGCCACAGACAACUGGAGGGUUUCUGAGCUUCAUCUUGGGUCUGCUACUACCCUUGGCCUAUGGCUUCCAGCCUGAUGUGGUGUUGAUGGCACUGGGGCCUGCCCAUGGCCUGCAGAAUGCCCAAGCUGCUCUCUUGGCCACAAUGCUUCGGAGCCCAGUAGGGAGCCGAAUUCUAGCUGUAGUGGAAGAGGAAUCCAUACUCCAGCUUGCAAGGACCCUGGCACAGGCAUUGCUUGGAGAAACACCUCCCAGUCUGGGCCCUUUCUCGAUGGCCUCUCCAGAGGAGAUCCAGGCGCUUAUGUUUCUAAAAGCUCAGCUGGAGCCUCGGUGGAAGUUGCUGCAGCUCCUCCACCAUAACCGUGAUCACCAGUCGCUUGAAAUCAAUCGGUCAAGGUGGGCAGAUUCCUACUUGAGGAAGAGCGCACUCGGGCCCCAGCGAACCGUGGCCGGAGACCUACGUCCCGUCGGCGGCCCAGGAUUCCUACCUCCAGAACAAUAAACAUCGGCUAAACAGAACACA